CGGGCUCUGCAGGCCCGACUGGCCUGGAGUCUGGCCCUUUAAGGGACUCCCUCGAAGAGGUGCCAGGUGGCUCCGACCUCUGCUUCCUGGUCCUGCAAGCCAGGGACCGUCCGUGGGGUUGUAGAAGGGGGCCCGGGCCGGGUACUCGCCCCGGUGACCCUGACCUGGCUUCAUGGCGCUGGUCACAGUGAGCCGCUCGCCCUCGGCCAGUGGCCAUUCCACGCCCGUGGGGCCCGCGGACUCGGCGGCGGUCAGGCGAAGAGGUCGGCUUCAGCGCAGGCAGAGCUUUGCAGUGCUCCGUGGAGCUGUCCUGGGACUGCAGGAUGGAGGGGACAGUGGUGAUGCAGCUGACGCUGACUCUGAGCCAGAGGAAGAAUCCCUGGGUGAGGAGCAGGCCCAUGAGGACCAGACAGACAAUGGACAAGAACUGCAGAGUUCCUGGAAGCAGGUGCAGAGGCAGCACUUGCACCUUAUGGUGGAGUUACUGAGGCCACAGGACAACAUCCGUUUGGCAGCCCAGCUGGAGGCAGCCCGGCCCCCGCGACUCCGCUACUUGCUGGUGGUCUCUACAGAAGAGAGUCUAAAGCAAGAGGAGACUGUCCUCCUGGGGGUGGAUUUCCCUGAAAGCAGCUCCCUCAGUUGCACGCUGGGCUUGGUCUUGCCCCUCUGGAGUGAUACCCAGGUGUACCUAGAUGGUGAUGGGGGCUUCAGUGUGACAUCUGGUGGGCAGAGCCGAAUCUUCAAGCCUGUCUCCAUCCAGACCAUGUGGGCUACACUCCAAGUGUUGCACCAGGCAUGUGAGGCGGCUCUAGGCUGUGGACUUGUGCCUGGUGGCAGUGCCCUUACCUGGGCCACCCAUUACCAGGAGAGAAUAAACUCUGACCAGAGCUGCCUCAAUGAGUGGAUGGCCAUGGCCGACCUGGAGUCCCUGCGACCUCCUAAUAUUGAGCCAGAACAGUCAGUGCCUUCAGAACAGGAACAGAUGGAGCAGGCGAUCCGAGCUGAGCUGUGGCAGGUGUUGGACACUAGUGACCUGGAGAGUGUCACUUCCAAGGAGAUUCGCCAGGCCCUGGAGCAGCGCCUGGGACGACCUCUCCAGCAGUAUCGAGACUUCAUUGACAACCAGAUGUUACUGCUCAUGGCUCAGCAAGACCGGGCCUCCCGUAUCUUCCCCCACCUCUACCUGGGCUCUGAGUGGAAUGCCGCCAACCUGGAAGAGUUGCAGAGAAACAGGGUAAGCCACAUCUUGAAUAUGGCCCGAGAGAUUGAUAACUUCUUUCCCGAGCGCUUCAUCUAUCACAACGUGCGUCUCUGGGAUGAGGAGUCGGCACAGCUACUGCCCCACUGGAAGGAGACACACAGCUUUAUUGAGGCUGCCAGAGUACAGGGAACUAGGGUGCUCGUCCACUGCAAGAUGGGUGUCAGCCGCUCCGCUGCCACAGUGUUGGCCUAUGCCAUGAAGCAGUAUGGCUGGGGCCUGGAGCAGGCCCUGUGCCAUGUACAGGAGCUCCGGCCCAUUGUGUGUCCCAACCCCGGCUUCCUGCGCCAGCUGCAGACCUACCAGGGCAUUCUGACAGCCAGCCGGCAGAGCCAUGUCUGGGAGCAGAAAGUGGGUGGGGUCUCCCCAGAGGAGUCCCUGGGCCCUGAAGUCUCUACACCAUCCCCACCAAUUCCACCAGAACCAGGGGGUGGUGGGGAGGUGAAGGUUAUAGGCUUGGAGGACAGCCAGGAAGCCCCAAAAGAAGAACUUGGUCUGCGGCCCCGCAUCAACCUUCGUGGGGUCAUGCACUCCAUCAGUCUUCUGGAGCCCUCCUCAGAGCCAGAGAUCGCCUUGGAGGCCAGCGAACUGCCAGAGGUUUUCUCUUCCCAUGAGUCUUCUUCAGAUGAAGAGCUGUCACCAACCUUCCCCCAGCUCUCAAGAGCCAAGCGUGACCAGCAGGUGUGCAAGGGGCCUUGGCCGGCCCUGAAGUCUCGCCAGUCUGUAGUUGCCCUCCAGCGGGCUGCUCUGGUGGCCAGUAGGACGAGAGCCUUCCAGGAACAGGGGGAACAACAGGAGGAAGGGCAGGGGGAGACUGGCAUGUCCUCUACACCCAGGCUCCGGAAGGUGGUAAGGCAAGCCAGUGUGGACGACAGUAGGGAAGAGGGCAAGGCUGGAGCCCUCACACACCCAUGUCCCCUAGACACUAAGUAGACUGGUCUACAGCUCCUCAGAUGAGCACCCCUCAUGCCUAUGGAUUUGCACACUUCCCUUAGCUCCUCACAAGUAGUCCCCAGACCCCUGUCACUCCACAUUCCUCUCCUGAAGCCUUAGCUCUCAGAGCCAUGUCUACCUGUCAAGGGCUUAAGACUUAAUACUAGAAAUGUGGGUAGCUACUUAAGGUGCCUUUGAGGGUGUCAGUACUCUAGUUUCAUUUUCAACUUGCCACAAAACACUAUAAUGCAGCCAUGGAAUCAAAACAGUUGCUUUUUUUUUAAUUUAUUUAUUUUUUUUGGUUUUUCCAGGUAGGGUUUCACUGUAGCUCAGGCUGACCUGGAAUUCACUAUGUAGUCUCAGGGUGGCCUCGAACUCAUGGUGAUCCGCCUACCUCGGCCUUCCAAGUGCUGGAAUUAAAGGCGUGUGCCACCACGCCUGGCUGAAACUGUUGCUUUUUUAGGACAGUUUUUCUGGUUCAUGUCCCACUCAACUCAACUGCUCCUGUCCAGUUUGCCCUGCUCCCCUCUCCCUCAUUAUAUUCCUGGAGGCAGCUAGGCCAGGGAACCAGUGGCCACCAAGGCAAUAGCACCCUCAGAACCCAGCUCAAAGGGGCUCACAGACCACCCUCCCACCUCAUAACUGAUCUCUGAAUUUCUGCUGCUGUCCCCACUCUUCCCAUAACCCUCACUGGAUUUACAGGGCACCAGGCCAAGGAGAGUCUUCUUGUCCCAGAAGGCCUCUGGCUAGUCAAGUUUUUCAGUCUUACAGUAUCUGGCUUUGUACUGAGAAAUAAAAGACAUUUCAUAUUAUUUUCCA